AUUUGACUAUGAACUUGAAGAACUGCUGCGAUGAGAGAACUAAAAACCUUGUUGUGGCCUCGUUCUGUAUGAGUCUGUGUAUGUUUGCUGGUGCGCCAGCCGGGACAGUUCAAAAUAUAGCCCUUGCUGAGAGCACGGACAUCGACCUCUCAGUCGGAUAUCAUUCUGAGGUGGUGAAAACGGUAGCAGGUAUCGUCGCAGCAAUCAUUUUUCAUCCAGUACACAAUCUGAUUGGGAUCAAGGUCACUGCACUGCUGUCCACUGUUCUGGUGACUGGCAACUACUGGGUGAUGGUAUGGAUUGUGAAUAAGUAUAUGCUAUACUUUGGAGCUGCUCUAUGUGGAAUGGGCUGGGGAGCGUUGUGGGUCUUGUGGCCCAUGGUUGUGGUUGAAAAUUCAGCAGAAAAGAAAUCACAGAAGAAUAUGGGUUACUGGUUUAUGUCAAUGUCUAUCGGAACGUUGAUGGGGGGAUUGGCAAACUACUUUUACUUCGAAGGAGUGACAAAGAUAUCCUCAAAAAACAGGGUCAUGCUCUACACAACCUGUGCAGGAGUUACCAUGUUAACUAGUCUUGUAGCUGCUUUUGGGAUCACUGACAUAAAGAAAAGCCCAAAACGACAUCAACCACUAACAGAUGAAGAUAUCGAAACCGUUCCUCAGGAUGAUUUGGACGAAGUUACAUACUCCACCAAGGGAGGGGAAGCAGAUGUGAAUGUUAUGAUACCUAGGAAACCAUCUGGAGUGAAUAAAGUCAAAGAUUGGUUCAAAGUCAUGACUAAGAAAGCUGGAUUAAAAGAAGGUCUCGAUUGGUUCAAAGUUAUGGCGAGGAUUCCUGCAUUUUGGUUUUUGGUCAUCCCUCUUAUCUACUGGGGAUUUAUUUGGGGAUACUUCAUAAAGAUACUUCCUACAGCUACUGCAUCCAUUUCCGAUAAAAGAAACCUUAUUCCUCUCACAUCUGUAAUAAAUGGGGUAUGUUCCCUAGUUGGAACGACCACUUGGAACCUUCUCUCAAAGAUCACCAACAACAUUUUUUGCAUCAUGGUUGCUUCAGCGAUGCUCUUGUCAUCACUUAUACUUUCUAUAUUGAUCUUCCCGAAAGGUGCAGCCUCGGAGAUUUUGGCGCUUGGUUCAGCUGAGACCUACAUCACACCUGACCCCAUUCACGUUGUUGUGAUCUGUGCUUUGAUUGGGCUGGCUGACAGUGGAGUGAGCAUCAUUUACUUUUCAACAGCUGGACGGAUUUACGGAGACGAGCCAGCUCUAGGGUAUGCUACUAACGCCAUUGGCUACUAUGUAUUUUACAUCUGUUCCAUGUUUUCUCCUUCCCUAUUCGAUCUCCACACCUACUGCUACUGUAUGAUCGCAUCAGUUGUUGCAAUGUGCCUUGUAUUUCCCUUCGGACUGAGAAAAUACCUCGACAAUAUUGAAUAGGUUUGAUUGACGAUGUCAAUCCUUCGCACUCGCAGCUCGGCGCGGCCCAUAGUACUGCCUGGCUCGGUUAUGGAGCCAGACGGCGGUUGCACCAUUGCAAACUGCAAGCGCAAGGAAUAUGGUUAGACAAUUACUAUUAGACUUAGAGCAAAUAAUUUAGAGAAAAUAUGUUUGGCUAGCCAUCAUUUUUAUUAACAAUAACGCCUUGUAAAUAAAAUGCUGGCAACAAAUAAGGUACCUCAAAAAAGCUACUCAUGCAUUGCUAAUGCUAUCCCAUAUUCACUAUUUGCUGUUGGGCUUUUUACAAAAAA